UUCUAUUUACAUCGAAACAUGGUACCCCCUUACCCGUCUGGUUCUGGCAAACGGUGAUAAUGGUUAUCAGAAAUCCGCAGAUAAAGGCAUAAAAUUUAUAAAAAAAUAGUCAGAAAAUGCCCCCAAAAAAAGAAUAUAAAAGACUGGACUUGCUGGAAAGUGAUACCGAUAGUGACUACAGUCCAAAAACUAUAACCACAGCAAAACGUAAAAAACAGUCUCGAGGAAUGGAAAGUCCAAGUGCUAGUGAUACAGAUAGUGGACGUAAAAAAAGAAAAAGAAAUAAUCAAGAUGCUGAUUUUGAUGAGGAAGAACCAUUGACGUAUUCCGAUCACAUUUGUCAAACACAUGGACUGAAUAACGUUGAUAUUGAAAUUCCUGAUGAAUGUUUAAGUGACAUAAAUUAUAAACAGUUUAAUAAACUGGUUCGACCAAUAGUGGCCGAAGCGAACCCAAAAGUAUCCGGCUUACAUGUAACAUCACUGGUUGGAGCAAAAUGGAGAGAAUUCAAGGAACUGUAUGGAAUUAAUGCUAGAAGUGAAACACCAGAUGUCGAUAGGGGGAAGAAUAUUGGAAGAAGUCCUUCUUUUGAAUUUGAGAAAGAAAGCAUGCCCGCGUCACCAGAUAGUUUGAAUAUUCAGGAAAGUGGAGAAGGAAGUGAGGAUGACGAUUUUCUUGAUGACGAGUCUUCAAAUGAUUUAAAACUAAAAAUGAUCCGGAGAGGAAAUAAAAUAUUUCGGGCUGGUGAUAGAAAAACUUCCCGCCAAUCAAAGAAAACACCUCGUCAAGGCAUUGUGAAUUUUGAUGAUAUAAAUCUUGAUGAUGUCACACGGGAAGAAGCAGAUGAGAGCAGCCAGGAAACUCUACGGAAAAAGCCUGGUCCAAAGAAAAGGACUGGUCCAAGGAUUAAAAAUACCAAAGAUAAAAAGGAGAAAAAGAAGGCUAAGACAAUUCCUACCAUAGGAAAGCGUGGACCUUACAAAAAAGGAAAAAAAGGUGAACCAGUACCUGAACCAAUUCAUAACUCAGUGUGUGAUGUGUGCGGUGAAGGCGGUGAUAUUUUAUUAUGUGAUACAUGUACCUGUUCAUGGCAUCUUACGUGUCUUGAUCCACCAUUGGACGAAGUGCCUGAGGGACUGUGGAGUUGUCCAAAGUGUGAGGCAGAGAUGACUGGUCAGGUGGAGGAGGAGGAAGAGGAUGACACUUUUCAUGGUGAAUACUGUAAAAUCUGUAAAGAUGGUGGUGAACUUUUGUGUUGUGAUUACUGUCCUGGUACAUACCACAUGAGGUGUGUAAAGCCGCAGUUAAUUUCUGUUCCUGACGGUGAAUGGAGAUGUCCGAUGUGUAAAGUAGAACCUCUGCCUGAGAAAGUUGAAAGGAUAUUGUUUUGGAAGUUUUUGACACAUCAUCCCACAGAGGAAGAAAUAGCUGCAGGGGCUAAAAAUGAAUCAUACAAAGUAAGAAAGUUCUUUGUGAAAUAUGCCAACCUAUCUUACUGGAAAUGUCAUUGGAUUGAUGAGCUUCAGCUCGAAAAAUACCAUGUGUCCCUCUACAGAUUUUUUUGUCGUAAAAAUGACAUGAAUGAUGCACCAAUGACUGAGGAGGGCUUAGUUGAAGGUGGCGAGGACACAAAUGUCGACGAAGUUGAACACCAGCGCAACUUGGAUCAAAGGUUUUAUCAAUAUGGCAUUAAGCCAGAUUGGCUUCAAAUACAUCGGAUUUUGUGGCACAGGGAAUUGAAGAAAUCAAAGGGAACACAAUACCUUGUGAAAUGGAAAGAAAUUGGUUACGACUAUGCAACGUGGGAAUACAAAGAUGAUGAAGAUAACAAAGAUGUUGUUGAUUUUGACAAAGCUAUUGAGAGUUACAACAAAUUACGUUCUAAGUACAAGAAAAAAACAAAACUUAAAGGAAAGGAUAAGACAAGCAAACGAAAAGAUGGAUGGGAAUAUGAUGUUCGUCCUAAUGGAUAUAACGCAGAUGAUCAGCCAAAGUUUAUCACAGACACCGGUGGUAAACUACACGAGUAUCAAAUAGAAGGGAUUAAUUGGAUUCGUUACUCAUGGGGACAACACGAUAACACUAUUCUGGCUGACGAAAUGGGUUUGGGUAAAACCAUCCAAACCAUAACAUUUUUAAAUUCCUUGUGGAAGGAAGGCCGAUCAGAAGGACCCUUCUUGAUUUGCGCUCCAUUGUCUACGUUGGUGAACUGGGAAAGAGAAUUUGAGUUUUGGGCACCGGAAAUGUAUGUUGUAUCAUACUCUGGGCACAGAGAGAAUCGACAGGUUAUCAGAAAUUAUGAGAUGACAUUUGACGAAGAUGCUUUGAAGAAAGGUACAAAAGCUUACAAAGUAAAAAAAGACUCGGCUGUCAAAUUUCAUGUGCUUCUAACAUCAUAUGAACUUGUAUCAAUUGAUGCGAACACGCUACAAUCGAUUGACUGGAAGGUUUUAGUAAUUGAUGAAGCUCAUAGGUUAAAAAAUAACCAAUCAAAGUUUUUUCGAACAAUGAGCAACUACAAUAUUGGAUAUACAUUGUUGUUAACUGGCACACCAUUGCAGAAUAACUUAGAAGAGUUAUUUCAUUUGCUGAAUUUUCUUUGUCCAAAUAAAUUCAUAAAUCGUGAAAACUUUCUUGCGGAAUUUGAAGAUAUUGGUAAAGAGGAUCAGAUUAAAAAGCUACACGAGAUGUUGGGACCACACAUGUUGCGUCGGUUAAAAAGCGAUGUCCUGAAGGGAAUUCCCACGAAAAGUGAAUUUAUUGUUCGUAUCGAACUAAGUCCUAUGCAACAGAAAUAUUACAAAUAUAUUCUCACAAAGAAUUUCGAGGCAUUAAAUGCGCGAGGAUCUGUUCAAGUCUCCUUACUCAACAUUGUGAUGGAGUUGAAGAAGUGCUGCAAUCAUCCAUACCUUUUUGCAACUGCUGCUUCUGAGGCACCUAGACUUCCAAACAACGCUUUCGAAGUGAAAGCUUUGACUGAAGCUAGUGGGAAACUUGUCCUCUUGUACAAAAUGUUAAAGAAAUUGGAAACGCAGGGCCACCGUGUGCUUAUCUUUUCUCAAAUGACUCGAGUGCUUGACCUGCUUGAGGAUUUCAUGGAAGGUCAUGCUUGGAGAUAUGAACGGUUGGAUGGUACAAUCACUGGACAAAUACGUCAAGCUGCUAUUGAUCGUUUCAAUCAGCCAAACUCUGGAAUUUUUGCUUUUCUUUUGUCAACACGUGCUGGUGGACUGGGUAUUAACUUGGCUACUGCAGACACUGUAUUUAUCUUCGAUUCGGAUUGGAAUCCUCACAACGAUAUUCAAGCUUUCAGUCGCGCUCAUCGUAUUGGACAACAGAACAAAGUUAUGAUAUAUCGAUUUGUUACAAAAGGCUCUGUGGAGGAGAGAAUCACACAGGUAGCAAAGAAGAAAAUGAUGUUGACACAUUUGGUUGUAAGACCUGGUCUUGGAUCAAAAGCUGCUCAAGCGAUGUCGAAACGAGAGCUCGACGAUAUUUUGAAAUUUGGAACAGAACAGAUGUUCAAAGAUGCAGCAGACGAUACUGGACGUAUCGUUUAUGAUGACAAAGCAGUCGAAGCUUUGUUGGAUAGAUCUAAUGAAGGUAUACAAGAAAAAGAAUCUGGUGGAAUGGAUGAAUACUUGUCUUCUUUUAAGGUUGCUAACUAUACUGUAAAAGACAAAGACGAGCCAGAUGUGGAAGUUUUAAAGCAAGAUGCUGACGUCAUUGACACAGAUUAUUGGGAAAAGCUAUUACGUCACCAUUACGAACAGGAGCAGGAAUACAUAGCAAGUACGCUUGGAAAAGGAAAACGUGUCAGGAAACAGGUUAACUACAAUGAUGGUGCACUGACUGCUGAAACGAACAAGAUUCUUCGUGGAGCUUACGACGACGGUUCAGACUUCGAUGCUUCCGAGUUAGUUGAUGAUUCUGAUGACCUCUCUGAUGAAGAAGGUUCAAAUUUGACAGUGCGUCAAAAGAAAUAUAGAGAUCGAGAUGUACUUCCGCCAUUAUUGGCAAAAGUUGGUUCCCAAAUUGAAGUCUAUGGUUUUAAUCCACGUCAAAGAAGAGCCUUUCUAACUGCUGUCAUGCGAUAUGGGUUACCACCCAAAUCUUUUAAAACUGCCAAAGAUAAAUGGUGUAUUCAUAAUCUUCGAGGGAAAACUGAAAAAGCCUUUCAAGCGUAUACCUCGAUGUUCUUGCGUCAUUUAUGUGAACCAGGUAUGGACAGCAAACAAGAAACGUAUAGUGACGGUGUUCCGCGUGAAGGUGUAAACCGGUUACAAGUGCUCUCCCGAAUCGGAAUCAUGAGUCUAGUCAGACGAAAGGUCGAGGAGUAUUCUAGCGUCAACACGUUUUUACACCAAGUUUUAAUCGGACACAUAACAUUGCAAAGCCGAUCAAUGAGCAAGCUUAUCGAAGAAAUUAAACACGCUAAUGAACUAAACCCAGUAAAAACGGAUACUGUAAAUGUCGCCUCUCCGAAAGAGGUUAAAAAAGAAGAACAAAAGAAUGAAAAGGAUUGUGAUGACGGUAAAAAGAAAGAAGAUAAACCAACUGAAGUUGUCCAAAGUGAUAAUACGACUGCAGAAAAAGUUGUUGAUAAUAAAACCCCUGAAAAAGUUACCGAAGAAGGAGUUACAGAAGACAAAGCGAAGGAGAGCAGUCAAUCUUCUGCGACAGAAGAAGAAAAGAUGGACGUGGAUGAAACAGCGAAAGAAAAAGUAAACGAUGAUGUCGCAAUGGAAAAUGAAACACCAUCCACAAAGAACGGAGAUGACAUUAAAGAAUUAACUGAUUCGAAUUUGACUAAUGGCGACGCAAAAGACACUGCGAUGGAGAUUGCUGGUGAUUCUAAUGACGUCAGCAAAACUGAGAAUGAUGCGCAUAAAGGUACGAAUGGUGUUAUCGCACAAUCUGAUGCCAGUGCUGAUGCAUUGAGCAAGGACGCCAAAACAAGCGACAUUGGUGUCGACGCAACACCAACUUGUGAUGUCACAAAAGAAGCAGGAAAGAAUGAGGUUGAAAAAUCUCUUUCGGUUGAGAAACCCAAAGAAGUAAAACUGGAGCCUAGAGUUAUAGACGGUGUUACACUACCGAAGUUUAUGUUCAACAUAGCUGAUGGAGGUUUCACAGAGUUGCAUGUGUUAUGGGAGGCUGAAGAAAAGAGAAAACUGGAUAACAUAUGGUGGCGUUACCAUGACUACUGGUUACUUGCUGGUGUUGUAGUUCAUGGUUACGGAAGAUGGCAAGAUAUUCAGAACGAUGUUCGAUUUGAAACGAUAAACAAACCAUUCGCAAGAAUGUCGCUUGAUUACAAAAAUAAAUUCAUUGCACGAAGAUUCAAAUUGCUAGAGCAAGCUUUGAUCGUGGAAGAACAGUUAAAACGUGCAACGCUUAUGCGCGUUCAACAAGAAAAUCCACACCCGGCUAUGUCGUUGCAAUCCAGGUUCGCUGAGUUGGAAUGCCUGGCAGAGAGUCAUCAGCAUUUAUCCAAAGAAUCGUUAGCUGGCAACAAACCUGCAAAUGCCGUUCUUCAUAAAGUUUUAAACCAACUCGAAACACUUCUUUCUGACAUGAAGAACGAUGUAAACAGGCUACCGACAGCCCUGGCUAAGAUGCCACCAGUAACACAUCGACUCAAUAUGUCAGAGCGAGCUGUGUUAACACGACUAGCGACAGGUGGACAAAUGCCAAACGCAGUAAAUGCUCCAACUGCUGCAGCGUCGUUACAUAGCGCAGCAUUAAGUAAUCCACCGCCACAGGGCGUAACUUUGUUACCAGUAAAAGGACCUGUGAUUUCACCGCCCUCUGCAAGGCCGGCGGUAGAUUCAACUCGUUCGCUUGUUCUUGCUACAAGACCAAAUGAUGUUUAAAAGAAAUUAUUUCUACUUCUAUUAUUUUAUAAAAAAAUACAUCUACUUUUACUACUAUAA